AAUAAAUUGCGGCGUCCUGCUCGGUACACCUGCACGUACGCAUCAUAAUGUCCGUUAGCGUUACCGUGCACGAGAUCGGUCCAGGACCGUCGCCAGAAGUGACCACAAAUCCUUUGUCGGACUUCGAUGCCGUCCGAAAGGAUGCCAACGAGAAGCUUCGCAUCCGACGCCUUGUGCAGGUUCGUCAGCAAUCGAAGGAGUUGGCCGCGAAGGUGCGCCAAAAUUAUCAGCAGGCAAAGGUAACGGAACUGGCCAAAAUAGAGCGAACCAAGCGGGAAGAGGUGAAAGCGUGGAAGCGCAAACAAGUACGCCAGCUGCAGGAUGAGUACGCGCGCUGCAUUGGGGAGGUGGGCGAGGCGCACAAAGCGGCCGAAGCGGCUGAAGAGUGUGCCGUGUGGUUCGAGGAGAAACGUGCCACUCAACAGGCGGUUGCGCUGCAGCGAGGGAGAAAAGCGGAAAAAACAGCGGCACGCGAACGGGAACGGAAGGAAGCGUUAAAGGAGGCCAAAGCGCACAAGAAACCGUACGUGCCGGCGAAAUCGAUCGCCGUUCAGGCUAGCAUACCCGAGCCGAAACUGGAGCCAGUGCGUGACGCGAUUCCGGUGGUGAGGCACGAAGUUUCCUCGACGGAACCAACGAUGAGUCCUUACGAACAGUUCCGAAGUAGAAGAGAACAAUCUGCUGGACGAUGCUUACCGACGGUAGGAAUCGAAACCAAGGUAUCCGAUUCGGAAGAUGAGCUCUACUGUCCAGGUAUGGGGAAUAAGGAAAACAUUCCUAGUACAGGACAGGACUACAGUGCGUCUGCAUUUACCUCACCGAGCGACAUUCGACCUUCGGAGAGACCGCCCCCAAGACAGCGACUGCAACCCUUCACGCAGAUAACGGAACUGAUACAACAGCGUCGCCAGCAGCAACAACAAUCUCGUGAACACCACGAUGAAUCGACUGUCGGGCACCAAAAGGCGACACAUCACAGACCCACCACUGCUGCACUCUACGGCGCAAACUAUGGGACACAGAAAGCGGUACAGUUUGAUGACACUAGUGAAAACACACUUUCUUUUCCCACAAGUACAGUUCUCACGAGGGACGAUCAUCGGCCACUUGGUGGGCUAGCUCCACCUCCGCUGGCUAGUGAUGGGUCACCGCGAAAAGUUCGUCCUCGUAAGCUCGUGGAGCAACCGAAAGUAUCGCCAGUACAGCAGAAUCAGAUGGACAGCAAAACAACACUGAAGCGCGGACAAGCCGUUCUACCAACCGGUGUCGUUCCCGAGUCGAGCACAUCCUCUGCAUCGUACGGUGCCAGUACGAAGGUGCAAUACUAUGAUUACAACACUCGGUUCACCAAGGAGUACGAUCAACCGACUGCGUUCGUGCACCGAGAAGAACGCAGGGGUAACGAUCCGACGGCCAUGGAGGAAGCGAAUCGGUACGAGAAGCUGCAACAGGAGCUUGUCGCUGCCAGAAGAAUGACUGUGGAUCGCACUAAACCGGCGCUGGAAAAACAACAAACAAGAAAAGACUAUGAAAAACUAUCGAAAGAACUGGAUAACCUAACCCGAUCGGAGAAUAAAUUGAAAAGUUUGGCUGUGCCAACAAAAACCAUCCCAACGGAGGCCGUUAUCAAGCAAAAGGCCGAGGCACGCCAGAAGAAGGCCAACGAAGCGAUCGAGAGCCUGCUGCAGCAGCGUGCCCUAGUAACAUGCCCCGUAGUGCACACGGAACCAUCCAACGACGCCCGAAAGCGCGCUCGAUCUGGUACGCGCCCACCCAUGGUAAAUGUGGCCGAAAUGCGGCCGGACACAUUCGCGCCGGCGAGCACGGGUGGCCCUGCCGGUCAGAACGUUUCGUCCGACAGCUGCGCUUCGAUCGUGCUGGGUACUUUCGAACGACCGGGAAUCCCGUUACCGACAGGUGAUGGUAGACGGGGGGAGUGUGAAGGAACGGGGGAUAAAAUCGAUCGAUUGAAGGAACUGUUGGAGCAACUGGACGAACAGCGCCGUUUGCUGGCGGAAGAGCUGGCAAAGGAACGGAGGCCGGACCCGAUUGAUAUUGUGAAUGUUGGUGGUGGUGUAGAAGAAUUAUGUGCCUCGAUGCAGAAAAACACCGAGGUCGAGAAGUUGGAGCGCAUGAAACGGAGGCAGGAGGAAUUGCUCGAGCAGCAGCGGUUGUUACAGAAGCGAGAGCGUGAGGUGGAAGAAUUGGAGCGACAGUUGCGAGACAAAAUGGCCCAGCUGCAGAAGAAUAAACAGAAGCGGGAUGAUGAGAGUGCGUCGAAGCGGGAUAAAAAGGCGACGGCAGCGACGGUACAAGCGGAAACGCGUGGACAGAAGAAGUUGGUCGAAGUGAAGGAGCAACCAUCGGCAACAACGUCGAGCUGCAGCAUGGAAGGUGGAGAGGACAAGUCAGAGCGGGCCGGGGGUGAUUCGGUGCCGGUCAAAAUCAUCAUCACGGUUAACGAUAAAUCAACGCCAUCGAAAAAGAAACACAAGAAAAAGUUGCCUAGCAAGAAAGCACCUAAGGUGGUGGUUCCCGUCGAACCGGUGAAGACAAUGGAAACCCCGGCAAGGGAAGAAAAAAUAGUAGAAAAAGAGCAACCUAUGGCGAUAACCAAGGAAGCUACGGCACGUACGAAAAAAGGUCCUAUCAAACGCGUGGUGGAGAUGGAUUUCUCCCCUGGCAGUACAUCCACAACGUCCACCGUCUAUCGGGAGCUUCCGCCGAAGAUUGGUGGUUUAAAAAUCAACACUAUCUUGGCGCAAGGGCCAGCGGGAGUCAAGGACAAGGAGCAACCACCCGUUGCUCCAAAGCAUCAAUUGCAAAGAAGCCCGAUACCGAAGACCUCCGCGAAACCACAUCCAACAGAAAAUCAGCAGGCUAACUUAAACCCACAGCUUGUGAAGUACAUACAACGCCUACUUGGAAUGUCCCGGCAGUCGAUCGAUCAGCUAGGGGUAAGUUCGACCACCGUAUCGACCCCGAACGCGUCGGUGGUAAAUGUAACCAGUAAUGUCGGUAACGGCGUUGGUCGCCCGGUGAGUGACGAGUCUGAUCGAAUGGAUCGGUUGCGGAAGUUCAUCGACGAGAACUACAACUUCCUGCAGGAGAUCGACGAAACACUUAAGCGUUCAACAGAUCAGUCCGUCGGUUCGAGUGAAGACAGUCGUCGGAUGGCUUCAAUAGACGGUGAUCCAAACGACGUGAGCCGCGUAGAGGAUGUGUGGAUGCGAACGCUUCGCAAAAGGGAGAAGGGGAUGAAAGCAAAACAGGUGAACGAUCAAAACGUGCGUCCAGCGUUGGUGAAAGUGAAGACGAAAAAGAAACGUCACGAAAGAGAUGUGUCGGAAGGUGUUCUCCCAUUGGCACCACCAGUUGCACAACCCCACCCUCCGGUUGCAGAUCCACCCGUGGUUGCGGUAUUGAAUUCUCCCGCGGAUGCCGGACCAUCCGUUAGCCAUGGUAGUAACCGAAUCGUGACCAAGGAAGCAUCCCUGAAAUCGAUUUUGAAAUCUCCCAAACGCGACGCUUCACCGAAGGUGGCCAAAAUAAUCACACCUCAGGGCCACGUGGAGAUUAUCAACCUAAGCGAUCGAGAGGAGCAGGAAAUCCUAGACCGCUACUCACAGCUUACCGAGCGCUGCAGCCAGCGCAUCACGGAACUCUCGCAGAUGAUCAACCAGGUGAGGGAGGAAAAGCGCCGCCUGAUCGAGGACAGUCUUUCGUCGCUCGAUCAGCAAGAAUCGACGAAAUACAUGGACCUCCCGGCGACGAUAACAGCAGCAGGAGUUGCAAGCAGGCCGACACUGAUGGAGCAGACCUCGAAAGAGGCUCAGAGUAUAGCUGUUGCGUCACCAUCGCCCGGUCCACCGGUUCCCGCGCUCGAUGAUCCGGUGAGUGAGGAGAUCGAUAAUAUUUUCUCCUCGAAACAGAUCGGGCUCAGCAAGGACAGCGGUAUUGCUAUGUCUCGUCCCCUAACUGCGUCGGAUAUAAGGGAAAGCCCCUCGGAAGAGUGUAGCCAGGCGAAGGAACCGCCUCCCUUCGAACCGUUCCUGAAGGAUAUUCACAAACCGGUCCCACCCUUGGCAGGAAGAUUGCAUCUGUCAGCAGCAACUCCCUCUAGCGUACCGCCGGUGUUGGUCUCCCGAAAGCCACCACCCGUGGCCAUCACUCGCUACAGUCCGCAGCUAGACCUGGAGGUACCGGUGCACGAGCUGUCAACCAUUCUUGAAGUCGAUACCCCGGCUGCUGUUCACGUGCCCUCCACCUCCAAGGUGUACGAUGUGUCAUCAUUGUCCGUGGCCGGUGAACGAUCGGACACGGCAAAGGAGCAGCUUUUGAUUGAGGCGCGCAAUAAACUGCUCCUUGUUGAACCGUCCUCUCCUAACAUCGGAUACGAUCGGUUUCCUAACUACGAGGAGUACGUGCGAGCAGAGCAAGGGACCAACACCGGUUCACCGGGAGCCCGGAUGGACCUGGAGCAAACCGAAGAACCGAUCGUCAAUGAAACGGGACUUCGCUUGGAUUUGACGGAGGAGCGUGAACCGGAGAGGUUGGAGUAUCGAAACUUUCCCGGUGCCGCCCCAUCGUUCGACAUAACGGAGGAUUCGCGGGUGGAGAAGAGUCAGUCGAACGUUUCCGAUGGUUCCCUGCCGGAUGUGGUGGCGGAGUUGAAAAAGUUCAAUGUUAUAAUAAAACCGUUCGAUCAGUCACUGGACGACUCGAACCGAUCGACACCGCUGUCCGAGGUUGCAGUAAGGGGGGCCGAAGGAGACGAUAGUGAUAAGCGAAACCAUCCAGCCGGCAUCCAACGAAGCCAACCGCCACUCGAUCUCGUUGCGCUUGGGCACGAUCUUGAAAAUGUUCUCAAACUUUCGUGGGCUUCGACCAUGUUGAAAAAGAAUCACGAACAUAAAAGGCUGUCCCAGCAACAGCAACAAGAGGACAAUUCAACCAGUUCAUCAUAUUCUCUAACGGAAUUGAAGGGCCACAAUAACCUCAAUGGCACCAACAACGACGAUAAUGACGACUCCCGCAACGGUGACUCAGGGAAGCCGCCGAAUCUAGCCAAAUUUAUCGCCCGCGAGCUGAUGAUUCGGACACAAUCGGACCUCCAGUCGCUUACGUCCUCGUCCGAGCUGUCGUCGAGUCCGGGGUCGCACAGUGCACUUUUGCGAUCGCUACUGAGCAUCAGCAAUCUGGAGCACACGUCGAGCCAUGAUGCCGGCGGAUCGAGUGCGGCAGAAAGAGAACUACUCGGAACAACGUCGAACAAUAACGUACAGCGCACAUCGACACCGGUCGCGAGCAAAUCGACAACCGCUAGUAGUUCCUCGAGACUUGCCACUGGCGGUGGCGGCGGUGGACCGCAGGAUGCCGACAGUGGCGUCAACAAUCGGACCGACGUGCUCGGCCAUCUGUUCUCCGGUGAAUCUCGCAUCUCGUCCGUUCACUUGAGUUCGUCGUCGUCUGGCAGCUUGGAAAGACACAGCCAUGGACUAUCCGCACCGGAUGUGCGUCUUGCGCGGCGAUCAUCGUCCGUUGCUAAUCGGGAGGAAAACUAACUUUCGCCGAGCAUUUAAGUGUAUUAAGUAAUGUUAAACCGAUGUCCAAAUUAUUUGAUUUAACGAUUUACAGACUUUGGGAUGGACCUGUUAUUUUUAAAGUAGCUCAAUAUUUUAUCUAUUUUUUAGUAAAAGAACCACGGUCCACUACUUUUUUUUACUCUGUUUUCGUUGGCAACAGUAUCAGUGAUUUAAACUCUGUAAGCCGAUUUCAUUUUAAUGUGUAUUUUAAUAUGUUAAUAAAUUGUAGACACAAAAGGAAAUAAAUGUUCAAC